AUUAUCUUCACCGUUUUUGUGCUAGGAGUGGUGGGAAAUAUGAGUGUUGACCAAAAAAGAUGUUGGGCGACUCUAAAAGAAAACAAUUGUGUUCACGAUGAGUGCCGGUCGAUGUGUUUGAAGAAAAAUCCAAAAGGACAUGAUUUGGAUGAGAUUAUGCAAAGACAGAGUCCACCGAAACAUAGACACGAUGGAACAUCGCCGCUUCGACUGGGAAUGGACUGGAGUCCUCCGCCGCGUAAUUGGAAUGGUAGAGAUACAGUUUGGCCUCAUGAUUUUCGAACUGGAUGGAGUUAUUGUGUCACAGUACCAUCAUGGACACUUCUUGCAAAUUCGAAAAAUUCAGAUCCUGUAGUGGUAAGUGUGCAAUCUCUAGAAGGUGUUACUACAACGCGAGGAAUUCUGAAGAGAUUUAAUGAUUUUCUAAAGCUUUUAGCAGAUCUCAAAAGAGCAUUUCCUAAGCAAAGUUUUCCAUCAGCUCCUCCUAGAGGAAUUCUGCGUGUCAAAAGCAGAGAAAUGUUGGAAGAGAGAAGGUACUCUCUGGAGGACUGGAUGACGAAGCUAUUAUCUAAUAUAGAAUUGGCUAGAAGUGUUGUAGUUGCAUCCUUCCUCGAACUAGAAGCUACUGCUAGGUCUGCAUGCCAAGUUGUAGAUCAGAAUGCUUCUGAUUCCAGUGAUGAUGGAAAUAUCACAAGCUUAUCGUCUCUGGUUCACCCAAAUUUGAGCUUUUUACAUUCUGGUGGCAGUUCUUUGCUCUCAUCUGACUAUAGCAGCGAUACUGCUUAUGAAACAUCUGAGCUUGGAUCAGCAAGUUUAGGUCAGGAUGAUGUUUCUGAAACUGGUACUGGAGAUCUAACUUUGGAUGAAGAUCUGACAAAUCCAACAGAGAAGCUCGUCAAGUUUACCAUGUCCAACAUUGACAAGGGACUGAGUAUGAGCCAAACUAUUAUCGAGCAGCUAGAUGAUUUUCCUAAGCACACAGUCCACUUAGGAUAUGCCAAUGAUAUCACAGAGGCAAAUUUGUACAAUGGAAAAGCUUCUAAAGGUGUAUUUCGAGCAAACGACGACUUACGACGUCUCUCUGAAUCAGAAACAAGUCAAUCAGUGAUGCAUGAUAGAAAGCUUUCUGCUGAGAGCGCUAACGGGUUUCCAUCACUAGCCGGUGAGACAUCAAUCUCUGCAAUCUUGAGCUCCAUUGCAGAUAUCCAGCUGGAUGUACAUCAUUGUAUAUCUGUUGGUAACCUGGAGAUGCCGGGUAGUGGACGAAUAGUUCUCCCGUUGAAAAUGCAUAAUAAAUUAAAUAGGAUUCUAUUAACUAUGAAUGAGAGACUUCUCAAUUCAAAAACAGACAUGGAGGAUCUUAUAGCGAGACUAAAUCAAGAGACAGCGGUGAAGGAAUAUCUGAACAGAAAGGUUGAUGAUCUGGAAGUGGAACUUGAAAUUACUAAACAGAGAAACAAAGAGAAUUUGGAGCAAGCUUUGAUGACUGAGAGGCAGAGUGUUACCCAUAUGCAGUGGGAUAUAGAAGAACUCAGGCAAAAAACUUUUGAGAUGGAACUGAAGUUAAAGUCAAAAGCGGAUGGGAGCUCACAUGCUAAGUCUUCAGGAAACUCAACAAUCGAUGAGAGCCAUGAGCUGUUACAAGAAAUGGAUGCCACAAAACAGCAACUGGAAGAUCUUUCUAGACGGUAUGUUGAACUGGAGUCAAAAUCAAAGGCAGACAUAAAGGUGCUUGUCAGAGAGGUCAAAUCCCUGAGACUUUCACAUAUGGAGCUAGAAAAGGAGCUGUCUCGAUCUCUGACAGAGAAGUCAGACACUGAGAAACUCCUCCAACAGGAAAGGAAAAUAGUCGAGAACAAGCUAGAAGCAAGAAAAAAGUUGGUUAGUGACUGCAAAAUUCUCCAUGACAGGCUUAAAGUCAACAACACAAACUUGUCAAUGGGUGAGCAGUGUAACUUGAGAGAGGACUUAUCUGAAGUAUCAAAUGCCUUGCAAGGUCAGAUUGAGGUCCAACUGCUUUUAGGGUUUGAUGAGACUGCUUCUGAGGAUGAACUGAGGAAGAUAAUGGCAGAUAUAUAUGCGGAGAAUAUCAACAUGAAAAAACAUGUGAGUUCCGCAAUGCGGGUUACAAGCUCUCUAAAAGAUGAAAACGAAAAACAUGAAAGGGUUCUUGUUUCUCUCUAUCUCUCAGUUCUGCUCGUGCUCUGUCUCCAUCCAGUGGUGUUGUUAUUUGUUACCGAAGAAGCAAGAAAUAUGGGUACUGAAGUUUCUACCUCGCCGACAAGCCUCAUUGAUCAGACUGUUGUUCCAGGUGAUGUUGUUCUUGAUUUAUCAAACAUGACUAACCAAACCAUCAAGCUCGGCAGUGGUCUCCGUCAGGAUAAUGAUGUGAUAUCUGCUAUGAGAGCUGGCAAGUUGAGGUACUCUAAGCCAAAUAAGUAUUGGGUGGAAAGUUCCCAUAAAAGGUAUAUACCUCGCCCUGAGGAUCAUGUUCUUGGAAUUGUGGUUGAUUGUAAGGGAGAAGUAAGCACUCUGCUUUAUACUCGGGUUGUGAAGACAAACACAGGAAUGAACCCGGAGCUGUCCUGUGUAGACGAAAGUGGAAAGGCUGCAGUAUUUGGUCCCUUAAAAGAUGGUUUCAUGUUUGAAACUUCAACUGGUUUAUCAAGAAUGUUGUUGAGUUCACCAACUUGCCCGGUCCUUGAAGCUCUUGGGAAGAAACUCUCGUUUGAGACUGCAUUUGGCUUAAAUGGGAGAUGUUGGGUGCAUGCGGCUGCUCCUCGUAUAGUGAUUAUCGUCGCCAAUGCUUUGAUGAAUUCUGAAACUUUAAGUGGGACGCAGCAGAAGAUCAUGGUAGAGAAAUUGCUGGAGAAAAUUUCAGACUAAAAAUCGUUUCGUAUGCUUAACAUUAUCACUACUUUAUAAAAAGGCAGAGACAUGUACACAUUACAGUCAUAUGUUUCUUUUUAACAUAAAAAUGACAUGAUUUA